UCCGUUGUAUCCUGCGUGAGUUUCGCACGGUGACGAUGUGGAUGGGCAGUGCUGGGGUUUAUUAAAGGGCUCUUGAGCGCGCUCCUGUCUCUCUCUCGCGCGCGCGUCGUGUUCAUUACUGAAAUCUCAUCUGACUUCAAACCGGUUCGGUUCGGAUGCGGAUGCUGGGAGCUGAUUUUUACUUCUUGCGCACUUACAUCUUUUUUUCUGGAGGCUUUGAUUCCUCACCACUGCUGUAAUUGUAGUUUAAUAUGGAGUAUUAAAGGUACAUUUGAUAUAGUAUUGAAUUGUACUGAAACCCAAAAGGAUUAAAAUACAUCAAAGUUUUUAUUAGAGAGUUGUCAGAAGUUUUUGAUCAUGUCGUCUGUCGCUGAUCUAAACAGAGGUGGUACGAGCGCAGGCAUGAAGGAGUUUCAGGAGAUGCAGAAAUUGCAGCAUGAGAACUCCAUGCACAAAGAGCUGGAGAAACUCCUGGCCACUGCCAAGACACCAGAGUUGGAGAUCUCCAGGAAGGACUUCGAGGGCUUCAAGCAGCUCUUUCACAAUUUUCUUCAGGCGAAAGGACCCUCCGUAGAAUGGGCCAAGAUUCAGAGACCACCUGAGGACUCGAUCCAGCCCUAUGAGAAGAUCAAGUUGAAGGGUCUUCCAGCUGACAUAUCCUCCAGUCUUAAUAAACUUGCCGUGGUGAAGCUGAAUGGAGGUCUGGGCACCAGCAUGGGCUGCAAAGGACCCAAGAGUCUCAUCAGCGUCCGUAACGAAAACACGUUUCUGGAUCUGACCGUACAGCAGAUUGAGCAUUUGAAUAAGACGUAUAAUGCAGAUGUGCCACUGGUGCUGAUGAAUUCCUUCAAUACAGAUGAGGACACCAAGAAGAUCCUGCAGAAAUACACACAUCACUGUGUGAAGAUACACACCUUCAACCAGAGCAGGUAUCCCAGAAUCAAUAAGGAGUCUUUGUUGCCAGUGGCCACUAAUUUGAGCCUGACAGGCGAGAAUGAAGAAGCCUGGUACCCUCCCGGGCACGGAGACAUCUACGCUAGCUUUUACAACUCCGGCUUGCUGGACAAGCUCAUCGCAGAAGGGAAGGAGUACAUCUUCGUGUCCAACAUUGAUAACUUGGGCGCCACGGUAGACCUGCACAUCCUGAACCACCUGAUGAUCCAACCAAGUGGAAAACGAUGCGAGUUUGUCAUGGAAGUCACGGACAAGACGAGAGCUGACGUGAAGGGUGGUACACUGAUGCAGUACGACGGUAAACUCAGACUGCUGGAAAUCGCACAGGUGCCCAAAGCCCACGUGGACGAGUUUAAAUCCGUCACCAAGUUCAAGAUCUUCAACACCAAUAACCUGUGGAUCAGCUUGCCGGCCAUCAAAAGGCUUCACGAGCAGAACGCCAUGGACAUGGAGAUCAUUGUUAACCCUAAAACUCUAGAUGGCGGGCUCAAUGUGAUUCAGCUGGAGACGGCUGUCGGCGCCGCCAUGAAGAGUUUCGACAACGCGCUGGGCAUCAACGUCCCUCGUAGCCGCUUCCUUCCAGUCAAAACCACCUCGGACCUCCUAUUGGUCAUGUCUAAUCUGUACAGCAUGGAUGCAGGGUCUCUGAUCAUGAGCCCCAAGAGGGAGUUUCCCACAACGCCUCACGUCAAACUCGGCAGCUCCUUCACCAAGGUUCAGGACUUCCUGAAACGGUUCGAGAGCAUUCCUGACAUGCUGGAACUGGACCACCUCACUGUGUCUGGAGAUGUUACCUUCGGAAAACAAUUAACACUCAAGGGGACUGUUAUCAUUAUUGCUAAUCACGGAGACAGAAUCGACAUCCCAGCUGGAGCGAUGCUGGAGAAUAAGAUCGUUUCAGGCAACCUGCGCAUCCUGGACCACUGAGGCUGAGGCGUCAUCCAACUUUUGCACAGAAAUCCCAUCCAACAUGUCACUUGGACUUUUACAGGGCAUAUAUUUGUGUAUUUGUGUGUAUGUCAGAUAUAGAGUGAUGUCCUCCAUAUGACGUCUAUGUGAUUAGUAUUAACUAAAGUAAUAAUAUCUACUGCUGUGUAGCUCACUCAGUGAUGACACUACAGAUAAAUGUCAGAGGAUGGAAGCAGAUCAUAGAUCAGCUGUAAUUGCUACAUAAAAGAUUACAGAGAAUUCUUUAAAAUAACAGCAUCUUUGACAUGUAUAAAUACUGUGACUGUGUUUAUUACUGGGUAAACUGUUACUUUACCGCUACAAUCUGAACACAUGAUGGACAUCCGUUCCCUUUAAGAAAGGAAUUAAAGUCGAAAAUUUCGAUCAUUCAAGCAGUGCUGAUUUAUCUCUAUAGGAUGAAAAAAUAUUUGGGUUCUGUUUCUUUAAAUAACCAGGAAACUAAAACAUGUGAUGAAAGUAUGAAUAAAACUAUUAACAUUUA